UUCAACAGUGAGAACUACAACAGGAUUGACGACUGCCUUUCCUUCACAACAUACAUGAUGUUCUAGCGGUGCCUAAUGUCAUUCGAUUGUCUCCUACAGCCUCUCCUGUUCCGAGUCUACAUGCCCGCGCUCCAUCGCGCUCCAUCCUCCUGACAGCCUCCAUGCGUCGAGCCGCCGUUUUCGCCCUUCGCACGGCUCGACGAUCUCCCUUCCGCAAGCUCAUCUCCUCCAAGUCAUCCUUUGGCCCUUCGGAUCAUGUCGUAGCUGCGCAGUCCUCGGUUGUUACGCGGAGAUACAGUACGUCGCGGCAGCCUUUGCAGUCUUCUAUGCGUCUACCGAAGUUGCCGAUUGCGUUCGUUGGAACCCUAGGUGCCAUUGGGGCGUGGUAUGCGUAUAGAGGCGAUGGACCACAGCAUCUCCUUCGUAACCCGGUCACUCCCAUCUCAGUCCAGCCGGCCAGAAGUCUGAGUACUACUCCAGAGGCUCCUCAGCCCGCUUCUGGUUCAGGCACUGCGACGCCUGUUUCGUCCGCGCAAGAGCAAAAUCGGAAAGCGUUGGUGGUGGACAACGAUCAGUUUUUCACCGGCUCCAUAGUGGGCGACGGCCCUUUGGCAAAGGAUACCGAUGACUACGGCAGAAAGGUCCUUGAGAUGAUGACUCCAGAGCAAGCCACGGAGAGGUUACGGAAGAAUGAACAGUCGUUUCUUGUGGGGCGUGGAGGCGGCGUGGUCAGAUACGACGUCGUGCAAUUACCAAGCAACGACCCCAUUGAGGACGAUCAUGCCGAGAAGAUUGUCGAAGUCCCAAACACCGUUGCUGCCACGGACGGAGCACCGUCUUCGGACUGGAUGUUCUGGGGUGUCUUUGACGGUCACUCAGGGUGGACAACUUCUGCAAAACUUCGUCAAGUUUUGAUUUCCUUUGUCGCCCGGGAACUCAACAGCACCUACAAGGCCGCUCUGUCAAACCCCAAGUCCCCUUUCCCGUCACCGGCAGAGAUCGACCAGGCCAUGAAAUCCGCCUUUGUCAAGCUGGACAACGAGAUCUGCUUGGACAGCGUGAGCAAGCUGAGUAAGAACCCUAGCAAACGACUUGCUGCCGAACUACUGGCUCCUGCCCUUUCAGGCUCCUGCGCUUUGCUUUCUUUCUACGACUCGCAAAGCAAGACAUUGCGCGUGGCUUGUACAGGUGACAGCAGAGCGGUACUAGGUCGCCGGAAUAUGCAGACUGGAAAGUGGUUCGCAACCCCUCUGUCGGAGGACCAGACUGGCUCAAAUCCCAAUGAAGCUGCCCGAUUGCGUGCCGAACAUCCUGGAGAAGAAAAUGUCAUCCGCGCAGGUCGCGUCCUGGGCAAUCUGGAGCCUACUCGCGCAUUCGGCGAUGCUUUUUACAAGUGGUCCCGUGACACUCAGGAGCGCCUCAAGAAGAACUUCUUUGGCCGCACGCCGCAUCCUCUCCUCAAGACCCCGCCCUAUGUUACCGCCGAACCCGUGGUGACUAGCACGCCAAUCGAACCCUCCAAGGGUGACUUCUUGAUCUUAGCCACUGACGGGUUGUGGGAGAUGCUGACCAACGAAGAAGCGGUCGGUCUAGUAGGACAAUGGAUUGAACAGCAGAACAAACAAGCCUCGGCAUCUUCGAACUCGAGCACGGCCUGGCUCACAUCUUGGUUCAAGUCCUCCGCUCCAUCCGCUCUACCUGUGGAGAAAGGUGGCAACAUGGACAAGACCGGACGUGUGGACAAUGGCAAAGCAGGAGAGAAACCUAUCCGUCAGCAGCAGUGGGACGUCAAGGCCGAAAAGGUUGACCGAUUUGUGGUGGAGGACAAGAACGCCGCCACGCAUCUGGUCCGCAACGCGCUCGGUGGCAAGGAUAAGGACAUGCUGUGUGCGCUGCUCACCUUGCCGAGCCCAUACAGUAGACGGUAUAGAGACGACUUGACGGUCGAGGUGAUUUUCUUCGGUGAGGGUGAGAAUACUGGUGCUGUGGUGGUGAACAGCGAGGCCACUGCUCAAAACGGGUCAGAUCAGACAAUCAAGGCCAAGUUGUGAUCUGAAAAGGCAAGCCCGGGGGUGGUCCUUUACAGGCCAGGCCAGUUCCUCUUAGUGUAUUCUUUGUGAGCGGUGCAGGGUUGAUAGAUGAGACAGUCGGUUUCUGACCCCUAUGGCAUGUUUCGAGCAUUAUAUUCUGUAUUUCUUUGUCCCCAUACAAAUACAUUCUGCACCACAGGUUGUGAGAAACCUGGGGUGGGCAUCAGGAGCGCGAUUUGAUAUCUGUCCAGGCGAUCCCAGAGCAACUGCUGAAACCCAACUGCAACAUUCUGUUAUAGACUCGGCUGAAGGCUCUGCUCUCUGCGAAUGAAAAGAAUAUGGUACCUCAAGCGGCAAGACCAAUAGCACGUACCAACUCUGAGAUAUAUAGCUUACCCGACACUGUCUUACUACUGUGCAUUUCGCCUGUUGAGCCUGUUGAGCCUGUACCUCGGGGUUGCGUCUGGCGGUAACAGAAUGCGCCGUUCUGUACGGUGGAACACCUGGCUUAGAACAGCAGCCAAUCUUCGGCAACGUCGACUCAAUCACUUCGAAAGCCAUCCACGUCGGUUACAACUUUGCGACAAUCACAACUCGUGCUCCUGGUUUUGACUAGGUGACUGUCAUGUACAGCAGAUGGCCAUCCUUGAAAUGUCUUUCAUUAUCUAAUUUUGGCACCGACCAUCCGAAGGCCGGGACUGUUCCAGAACAGCACUCGACACUGUACACAUGCAUCCAUAUUUCCUUUUCUGGACAAAGGAUCCAAGAAGCUGUCUUUGUUGUACAACCCGGACUUGAAGCGUGCGUUCGAAAGACUAAAAAUCAAAAAUCUAGGAGCACUCCGCCGCUAUGCAUAUGUGAACGCGAUGCCCUCCUUUCUCUUUUACCCAAUUGCUCCUUACUCAGCGUAAUUUCUGAAACUCCGAGUCGAAGUCAGAACCAGCCUGUCCCGCGUCUCCCCAGACAUCGUGCUCCUCAGUCAGUGUUGCCAGUCCUGGAUGAUACGCUUCUUGCUGAUAGCCAAUUUCGAGCUGGUUCACCGGCUCAUAAGAGAUUGUCCGGGGUAUCUCCUGAGGAUGUCUCAUGUCCUCCCCAUAGUAUACCAUUGGAUAAUUGGGAUCGAGCUGCCCCAGGCGAGGAUCAAGCACAUUAUGCUGGACCGGAUACUCCACCUGCUGUGGUGCAGGGUACGAUGUCAACAACUCAUGAUGACCGCCAUGCGGCAACCCCAGAAGACCCAUUGUGGCCUGGUAUGAGGGAAAGGGGCUGUUCAUCUUCUCGAAUUUGAUGUCAGAAACCUGGUCUUGGUAUGGUGCCAUGGCUGUCGACGGCUGAUAAUACUCGCCUACCAUACCAGCAGGACCCAUGAUCAACGGCGGCGGGCCAUAUGGGUUACUGAUCUCGUACCCUGACAAAUUCAAUGCGGGCAUCGGUUGAUGAUACCGGACAGGUCUGUCUUCCAGAGGAGUGGAUGAGGCGCUUCUGCUGUCAAAUCGUCGAGCGCUCCGGCUGCGUUUGGAGCUCCUGGUUGAACCUUCCCAGUCAGGAUCGCUGUCACUGGCAUCAUCAUCAUCUUGUCUGGCUCUCUUGGUCGACUUGUUUGGUGCGAACUUGUAGUUCGGAUGAGCCGCUUGAUGGUUGUCGCGCUCAAUGUGAGCAUACCUCUCAUACAUGUCCCGGAUCUCUUUGGGCUCUAGGGGCCAGCUUGCACCUGUCACCUGCGACACGACCUGAUGAUUGUUCUCUUUGCAGUAUUGCUUCACCCGAUCAGCAUAAGCUGCUCGGUACAACAUGAACGAGUUCAUUGGUCUUGAGAUGUACCCCUUUCUCUUUUCCACCUCGGCCAUCCUAUCUUCAACGGGGCGAUGAACCCAUGCAUUCAUGUCUUUGAUCGGUGUCUGGAAGUCUUUUGUCAGGACACUCAGUGGUUUGUCAAUGACGGGUCCUCCUUUUUUCGUGGGCUUCUUCUUUAAAUUCCUUCGCGCUCGUGGGGCCGGAGAUGCCGAUGCGCGAGUGGAUGCCGUAUUGCUGGGGCUGGAGGGAGUUGCAAUGGCUCUGCCACUCCGAGUAAAUACGCGACCUCCACUACGGCCUUGGGGCGGUGUUUGUGAUGGCUCGGAUGUGAUCAUUGCCUAAGACUGUCAGCAAGUUCCAAACUGGUUUCAAGUUGGGGUCUACCUACGUGCUGUGGGGUGUAGUAGACUGGAGUUGGGUCAGGGUAGAGGGAUGUUUCGCCAUAUGGAUCCUUGUCAAGGUCAGUUUCGUUUGGGUUUGUUCUUAUACUGGAUAUACUUACAAAUGCUGAAUGGGAAGGCAUGCUUGUCACCAUGGAUGUUGGCGGCAUGGGCGGUGUGUAUGGUUCUGGCUUGACCUGUCGGAGUUGACUGGCGUCGCCUACAAUGUAAUUGCCGUCGGUCGAGUGAGGAGUUGACGGUCUGUCCUGAGCCAUUGGAGUAUGGUGCGAACUCUUGGAAAAGGGAUGAUGAAUGAGCUUUCGCGACCAAGAAAGUAUGUCUUCUUCCUUUCAGCGGCUCUUUGAUGGAUCGCUUGUUGGAGUUAGGAGGCUUCUCAGCUUUAUACAGAGCUGUUGUUGCUGUCUUGCAAGCGGUGAAGACCUUCUGAGCCUGCGUCCUGCAGACACUCGUUCCUUCAAGGGACGGUUGAAGUGUGCUCCGCAACGUUGACACCCGGAUUGUGGAAAGUUGCCACAAUGUUGUCUUCCGCCGUAUGAACUGGCCGCACAAUGGAUCAAAGCUUGAUCAGUGGUGGUCUUGCUUUGAUGGGAAGGACAAUUGAUGAAAGGUUCUCGUUGUUCUUGAAGGGACUAUCUUCUGGAUGAUGGUCUCUCUUUUUAUCGUAUUGUUGCAGGAACCCGAUGGGAUCUUGCAACUGGACACCAAGAGCCUUGGGUGUCGUUGGGAUGAGUGUCGGUCCACUGCAGACAGCCUGAUGUGCGAAUCUUGCGAUUGGUGGGCUUUGUCUCAAUUACCCGUGAGAGGUUGAAAAGCAAUCUCGAAUCUGAGACCACAGGCUGAUUGACCACCUUUGUUGAAUGCAAGAAGAACGUGAAGAGAAAGACCAGAACAAGAGAACAUAUCAAUCUCUAGAAAGAGUCUCGGCCUUGUGGUGUUCGCUACGGUUGAUGGAUGCAUCGAGUGGGAGUUUCCGGAUCCGGAAUCAUGGUCAAGAUCCGGCUUUCUCUGAAAGAACUUCUUUUGUUUUCAGGUUGAUGAAAGCAAAAAGGCACCGCGAGCGAUUCUGCUGACAACAGCAGCUGUGUUAAGCAUCGCAUUCAGGCAUCACAUGAGGGUUCCCAAUAGGAACCCUCUUGUUGUGGUCCCCAUGCAUCCAGGAGGGCAAUAUCCUGAAGGGGCUCUUUCAGUCGUGGCGCUGCAACGGUAAGCCCCAUACUGUUGAACCAUGCUAUAACAUCCAUGUCAGGUCUCUGCCAUCGUGUGGAAGCUGUUUUGAUAAAAGGAAGGGUUUUGAUGGACUUGUUGUCAGAUAGAAUGACCCUGGGUGAUCUUCUUGUGGUUCUCUGUACAACGAACACUCAUAUGACGGCGGAUACAGACAUGAUCGCCAUGGAACUGGCUGCAGCAUUCCAUAUUCUCCGAUACGCUACAAGCGACUUCCUCGACAGCAUAUCUAAAGAUUGCUAUCUCCAACAGUUUUUGACGUUGGAGGAAUUCACGCGAUGACUGCUUUUUGGUCAGUCAGCAUGGCAUGUCUACGCCAUAUGCAUACUGCAAACAUGUCAACAGGGUAGAACGGAGGUGAUUCUCCAGGAACAGCCAUGCACUGGCAUGGACCGUGCUGUUGACCGUAUUCGGCCCGCUCCCGCAUUCCUUCGCUCAUGAUUUGAGCCUCUACGGAACCGCACGCGGAUGCAUCAACAACUCCACCAGACUUGUCACAGCAUGCUAGAAUAAGCAUCCACUUCUAUGCAAUCGCCUACGGUUUCGGAUCAUUUUAGCCGACCAAUUUACCUGGGAUAAGCCUUGGGAGCUUCAACCGAGCCCACUCAUGUCCAACAUCGGACCUAGCCAGUGUUACAUCACGUCUGGCCAUAUUUUCAUAUCCCACAGAUCCCAGGUAUGAUUCUCAAGUGGAUGGGGCACCCCCAGUGUAUUUGUGUUUUUAUGUUGAUGCUUUCCUUUGGGGCUUUGCAUUGGACGUUGACCAUAAGACCGAACUAUGCCAUGGAUGAUAUCCCAGUACGCGUUUCUACCACUGCUGGGAUCGUUCGGUGCAGAUCAUUGCUUUUUCAAGCCGGUAGGGACAGGAACGUGGCUUUGGUGGAUAAGUACUCCUUCUUCCCCCGUGCAUGCUUUGGCUUUUCUUCCCACUCGCUAACCAGAGAGGAUCCACUUCCUCUCACUUUUUGUGUCUGCUCACGAUGAGCUGGCUUCCAAGUUCAGUAUCAAUAUAUAUGAUACCAGUCGCCGUACCGCUCAAAUUACUAUGGUGGUCUGCGCUACCGCGUGAAUGCCUCAAAUUUGGAGCACAAAUGACGGUCACCGCAAGCCUGGAAUGACAUUUAACUACAUGGGCCUUGUUAGCAACUUGAAUGCCGUUGGUGCCCUGGUUCAAGGUUCCUUGUGGGAUGGUCCGCAGCGCAGAGGUUCAGCAACUACUUCCCAGCCUAGUACCUACCAGGGGUAAACUGUUGCUGCGGUACCGUUCUCUAUUGAACGGAUAAGUCGUGCAAUUCUUUUCAUGCCAUUUAUUACAGGACCACAUUUUGCAUCUGCGGGUCAGGACUCAGGGUGAGCCUCGAUCACUGCAGAACCUAACGCUGACAGGCCGUUGGUUCGGAAGCUCUUCGAAGGUUCGUUUCAUGCAAGUCAUACGGCUUUUGAGGGUUUUGGGCCCAUUCUCAGCCGGACUGUCUAUCAAUGCAGGGAUAUAUAUACCUUGCCUUGUACCUUGUCUACCUCAGUGGAUGUCUAGAGGAUAGUAUCGCGUACACGAC